AUGGACGAUCCACGCAUGCGUAACCUUCAAGUCCAGCUGAACACUUUACGCUUCCAAUUGCAUCGCCAUGGUUUUUGCAUGCAACAGAUUGGUGCUGCAGAGGAACGCCUUUCCAAAACUUUACAAAAUCGCAACAUACACAAGCAGUUGGUGCAGGUUGGUCAGGUUCAGGACUUUCAAGUCCUGCUGGAUGAUACCAAGCAACGCAUUAAGCAACAGAUGGUGAUACUUCAAAAAUUUCUCGACUACAAUGGGGACUUAAGCGAGACUAAUCUUUACGAGCAAUGUCAAGAACUUUUGAAGGAAACUAAAGAGGCAUUUGAGAAAGUUGAGAAAGAUAAUCAGAGCUGUGCUGUCAAUCAAAACGAAACUGCAUGUCCUGAAAGCGAAUUAGAUUCGCCAGACUAA